GCCUAUUGGUCAUUCGUCGGUUUGGUUCGGUUAGUUUUCAGUCACUGUUUUCGAUAUGUAGUCACUCCUUUAUUCACUUUGUAUUAUUUUAUUUUUAAGAUGUCGAUUUAGAUAAAUAUGACAAACCCAUGCAAUUUUAUGAUUUAAAUUAUGUUCAAAUAUGUUUGUGCCUACGCGAUUGUAAAAACAAAACAAAAAAUUUAUUUGCUCCACAUACAAUUCCUGUAGGGGUAGGAGCUUACUAAUAAUGUUCCCAGUUAGUGUUUAGGAUUAUUAUUAUUAUUAACAGUUUUGAAGAAUAAUAAACAGGUAUUUACUAAAAUCAUCUUGCGUAACUGAUUGGAUCCUGAAUCACCAUGGCCACUCGGUGGAGCAGUGAAUUCAUCAUUGCCGAGCACAGAGAUUUACAGGCGAGUGCCAUGGCUGUGGAUUGGUCGGGAGAUUAUGUUCUUCUUGCUGGGAGAAGGUUUUUAGGGUUGAAGAAACUUGACGAUCCCUCCGAUGUGUUGAGAAAAUUUGCCAGACAGAGCAAGUACGAUGUGGGUAGUGCAGAGUGGAGCCCAAAUGCCAACGAAAGGGACGUUUGUGCAAUAUCUAGCAACCAAAGAGUGGAAGUGUACCGACUGGGUAACGGGGAUCUAACACAAGUUCACCUGUUGAAUGCGCACACCAGAGUUGUGACAGACCUCAACUGGCACAGAUUCAGUCCGGAUAUAAUCGCCAGCUGUUCUAUUGACACUUACACGAACAUUUGGGACUUGAGAGAUCCUCGAAAACCAGUCAUCUCCCUUUCAUCUGUUGCGGGAGCCAACCAAGUACGCUGGAACCGUCUCUCUCGGUAUCUGCUAGCAACUGCGCACAACGGAGACAUUCGGCUUUGGGACCAAAGGAAAGGAACAGCACCUGUACAGUACAUUACCGCUCACUUGGCCAACAUUCACUGUUUGGACUGGAGUCAGUCACAUGAGAACCAUCUGGCCACAUCCAGCCAGGACGGGACCGUUAAGUUUUUUGACACUACUAAUCCUCGAAAAGCAGAAAACAUCAUCUCAGCGACCGCCCCCGUUUGGAGAGCUCGGUACACUCCAUUUGGAGAAGGACUAAUAAUGGUGGUGGUUCCUCCGAUGAGACGAGGAGAGAACAGUCUUCUUUUGUGGAACCUCAGUAACCCGAGCACUCCGGUCCACACUUUCGUCGGACACACUGAUACUGUGCUGGAGUUUGAGUGGAGGAGGCACAAAGAAGAUUCAUCAGAUUACCAGCUUAUUACUUGGUCAAAGGAUCAAACUCUUCGAAUUUGGCAGAUAGAACCGUUCUUACAAAAGUUAUGUGGACAUGAUCCAGAUGGUGACACUUCUGCAGCUAUUGAUAUUUUGGCUAGUGCUUCAGCUCUAGAGAGUGAAGGAGAGGGAGAUCUGCUGCUGGAUACUGGCAGUUCUACAUUGUCAGAGGAGAGUCUGUCAGAAGCUGACAUGCAGUUAUCCUCUUCUUCCUCUCAGACCGGACUUGCCCAACCAAAAACUCUGCAGCAGGAAUUCUCACUCAGCAAUGUCAAUGUUCACAACAUUACCUUUGAAAAGAUGGACGUGACCAGGAGAACGUGUCUGGUGAAAGCCUCGGUCAACAAUUUAUCGGUUCUUCUGCACAUAACGUUCCCAGCCAAUUACCCGUACGGAAUCAUGCCUGCGUUCCAGUUUGCCGCUGGUUCUACUGUCGAUAUUGUAAUCAAGACCAAACUGUUGAAAGUAUUGAAGCACGCAGCUCAGCAGAGAGUCAGUAAGAACCGUAGUUGUCUGGAACCAUGCUUGAGACAACUCGUUGUGGCUCUGGAGCGUCUCUCCAAUAAUGAAGAAUUAGACAAAAAUAUUUUACGGCAUCAGGCGUCUCCAGUAUCUGUGGUUGACCACUCAGCUCUGGCGGGUUUCCAGGAUGCUUCAAUCCCUUUUCCUCGAUCAUCUGGAGCUAGAUUUUGUGGUGUCGGGUUGUUGGUGACGUUUGGUCGGUCGUCCACGCCUAGAAGGUUGUCGAGCCGUUCAGAGACUUUAACACCUCGCAGUUUGUCCUCUCUCCCAGAACCUGUGCUUGCUGUGCCUUCUUCGUACUACUUCCAUGACAGGGCUAGUGGAGUCCAAGUUCGUCCGAGAGUUGGAAGAGGGUUAACAAGGAACCCACCCGCUCGAGCGAAUAAAGCCAUAGUCAUAGUGUACGAUGCAUCAGCUUUAUUUUUCGUCCAGCGAAAUCUAGCAGAAAACUAUAUUUUUGACUGGCAGAAUGUAACAAACAUGUGUCAGUACAAUGCUGGGGUAGCAGCCAGUGCUGGGCGUAGAGAUCUGGUGCAGGCUUGGUCCCUGGCAGCAUUGGCAACUUCCAGUCCCUCGGCCGACCUUGACGACGAUUUCCCCUGGCAGUCCCACCCUUUCUCCAAGGGGUUGCUUCAGUCAAUAAUUUUGCACUUUGCGAAACAAAAUGAUAUCCAGAUGGCUGCCAUGUUGACCUGUGCGUUCAGUUCACGUUUGGAGAGUCUGCUUGGCUCAAAACAUCGGCAGUUCAAAGCCAACAAUAGUAGUCGGGUGGCAACGGGGAAAUGGUGGCUAAAGCCUGGGGGCUCACCGUACCACACAAUUCACCAAGUAGACACGUCACUGCAGGGCUGGAACUUCUCAGUACUAAAGCAGAAUCGUUCCAACUCAUGGUCCGAGUCCCUUGAUGACUGCCGUUUAUCCAAUAAUAUUGUUGAACACUUCUCUGUCCACACCGAGAUCGACCGUUCCAUAGAAAUGGACGAGAGCCACACUCAAGUGUAUGACGAUUACAAGCGAGCUUAUGCUGAAAUAUUGCACCGAUGGAAUUUAUUGGACGCCAGAGCUCAGGUGCUGAAGUACAUGUCGACAAUGCCAGAGCCACACCGAGGUAUUGAGCUGAAAGCUGACUGUCAGUACUGCCGCAAGCCAGGACAAGAUGCUGUGUGUACUGUGUGCAAGAAGCCUUCCCUGCAGUGUGUCAUCUGCCAUGUGUCCGUCAGAGGCGUGAUGAGCUGUUGUUUGGUCUGCGGUCAUGGUGGCCACACUCAACACAUGCGCGACUGGUUCCGUUCUGAGGAGACCUGUCCGUCAGGCUGUGGGUGUCACUGCCUCAUAGAAUCAGCAAGUGUUCUAGAACCUUAAGGUUUAACUAGACAUCCCUUCCUAUUUUGACUUGUAAACUUGUAUAUAACACAGACUUAGGUGCUACCUGUGAUUUAUUUGCAUCAUACUUUAUAUUUGUAAUAAAACUACUAAGAGAUCA